AUGAUACCCUCCCACCAGGACACUAUCGCAGUUGAUGUUCCGGUGGCGGAGCGAUCAGGUCGUGCCGUAUCUGUACAUGAGUUGGACGUUCCCGAAGUUUUGAAUUUGGGCGAUGGAUGCCGCAGCAGGGCGUCUACGAAAGGCGUUGGCGAGAAGAAUGAAGAUGACCCAACGGAGGUUGUCGCGUUGCGCGAGUUGGUACAACGCCAGCGGGAGGACCUGGAAACAGCAGCAUUGAUCGGACAAAGGCUUCUAGACAGAGUCGAAGAACUCUCGGCUAGUCUUGAGGCGAGUGAACCAAGCGCACACCAGUUGGCGGUGCGAGAGGAAAAGUGGCUGGCGGAGUGCGAAAAGGACGCGCUCCGGAGAGAUCUGGACAGCGCCACCCAACGUUGUGAGCAGAUGCAACAAGAUACAACGACCGAGGCCCUCCCACGUACGUCAUCGACAAAGGGACACCUGUUCUUGUCGGCAGCUGAAGAACCUCAGGUUGAAUAUCUUGAUCUGUGGUCCCCAGCAGCCCACGCCAGGACCGGCGCCCGCUCCUCGCUCUCCGACGAUCGGCCGCUCUCUCCCGUCCUCGAGAACUCCCCUGACGCCGCCGAGGAUGCCGCAAGGCACGAGCAAGACCGGGAAGAGAUCGGCCGCCUGCGCCGGGCGGUCGAGGGCCUGGAGGAAGCCAACACCUCCCUGAGAGAAGAGCUCACGGAGUCCCGUCUCGAGGCCACCGCUCUCAGACGCACCUCGACGACACAGAAAGAAGCGGCACUGGACCGGGUAAUGAACGAAGCCAUCGGGGAUGAUGGAGAAGAGCACCGGCAAGUACGCGCUGGUUGGGGCGCUCCGAACGAUGGUCAGGAGGAAGAUGAAGCAGAGGGAGAUCGGCAACCAAGGUCGUUUUUCUCCAGCAGUAGCUCCGGCGUCCAGGAGGAGGGGGCACCAUUCGACGAGACAGAAGCAUGCCACGCAGGAGAACAAGACGGCCUGCAGCCGGAAGAGACGGGUGAUGGAGGGCCACCAGGUUGCCGAGCGAGGCGCGAGUCGGGUGGUGGUGGUGGUGAAGGGACUCACAGGAGAAAACAGUCUAUCGAAUCGAUAGCGUCGUCGAGGUCGUUUAGGUGCCGGUCGUCGUCAAUGUUCAGAGACGCCCAAGAGCAAGCCGAGCUGAUCGAAGCCCUCCGCGCGCAGAUCGCUCAGCUCCGGCUCGAGGCGAAGGCUACGACGCGGGCCGCGGGGACAGAAUUCCGGUGGAGCGAUAAAGCUGCGGCGUCGUACGAGCACGACGGUGGUGCCGGGCAUCGCCGCGGUGUGUGUUCGUCGGACGACGACAGCGGCAGCGAUAGAGGCAGAGAUACAUCUCGAGAUGAAGACGCUGUCGGCGAAGAAGGUGGGAACGGUCGUGAGAAAAUCGGCAGCAUGGAUGAAGAUGGACGUCGAGUCGAUGAACACAGGUCCAACCCGCUUCUCCGAGCGCGGGUAGACGAGCUGCAGGCAGAGCUCGAGACGACAAAGCGCGCGCUUGAGGUGCUUCAGCGGCGAGCGCAGCAGGAGCAGGCCGUGAGCGUCGAGCUGCAGAGAGAGCUUCUACGCCUUCACGGCACGAGGUACAACAGCGGCGCCGUGGCGGCAGCAGUCGCGCGAGUUUCAGCCGGGACUCUGCGACCAGCCUCCUACACCGCGGGCCGUGCUUCCGAGGGUGGAAGCGAUGGAGGUAGCAGCAAUCGUCGGGGUAGUGACAACAACGGCGGUCGUGGCACGGGGCUGGAGCGUCGCAUCGAUUACACCAUGUUUGAAGGAAUGGGCCGGCUCCAUCCACUGUGGCGGAUACUUUUUUGCGGGGGCUGCGGCGAGACGGCGGGGUCUGGCGUGGACACGAGUUUCGAGGACUCGGGGGCGGUGAAUGACGACGGCGUUGGUGAUGUCAGGACGCUUUCUCCUGGCUCCUCGGAGAGUGACGAAGAGACCUUUGCUGUACAGAGAGGAGAGGAAGGUGGCUUGACAUAG